AUGACCCGCACGGAGCCGGACGGGAAGGAAUUGGGCGGCCGCGUGGCGGCCAUCCUGGCGCGCUGCCGGCAGCUGCACGUGGAGCCGGCCCAACUGCGCAGCCUGUCCGGCUACGACCGGCUGCAGCAGGCAGCGAGCGGCAAGCAGCCCCGCUGGCAGCCCUGGCUGCUACCCGGCCUACUAGCCAUCCUACUGGCCGUCUUCGUCCACCAGGAGCUGUACACAGUGCAAGGCCUGUCGCGGCUCAUCUUGUGGGUGGAGGGUCUCAACGUGGAGAAUGAGCCGUGCAUGAUCGAGAUGCAUCCGAUAAUGGCCGACCUGACGGCGGCGCCAAACAACUGCAGCAGGUGCUCAGAUGUGCUGGACGUGGACCGGGUCUCCAACAUCACUCCGCAAGAGUUCGAGCUCAAGUACGCGUACUCGGGCCGACCCGUCAUCAUCACGGACGGCACCGCCAACUGGACGGCCCCCGCCGUCUUCAACUUCCAGUUCUUCAAGGAGCUGUAUGCGGAAAGCUCGGGAAGACUCGCGGCGGACAGCACGGAGGCGGGCUGCCAGUUCUUCCCAUACAAGACUAACUUCGACGGCCUGAGUGACGUGUUCUCCAUGUCGGCGGCCCGGGCCAACAUGCAGAAGGGCGAGGAGCCGUGGUACAUCGGCUGGUCUAGCUGCGACUCGGCGGCGGGGAACGAACUGCGCCGCCACUACACCCGGCCUUACUUCCUGCCGGAGACGGCCGAGUCGACCCGACUCGACUGGAUCUUCAUGGGCACGCCCGGAUUCGGCGCACAUUUGCAUAUUGACCACGUGAAGCACCCGUCGUGGCAGGCGCAGCUGCAUGGCCGCAAGAUGUGGACGCUGGAGCCCCCACGCGAGUGUCUGUCUGUCUGCCGCAGCAUGGACGUCACCGUCAACCAGGGGGAGAUCAUUGUGCUGGACACCAACAUGUGGUACCACAUGACGCAGAUCGUGUCGGACGAGAUCAGCAUCACCAUCGGGUCCGAAUACGACUGAGCCCCGCGCCGCUGUCAUCUGCAUGGACGUGCGCACGCCUGCGCGAUGCAUUCUAGUCGCCCGGCACGCGCACUUAUUCCGGUGGAUCUAAAAACGCCAAUGGUGGAGAAAAUCUGCUGCAAAGCUACAAAAUGAGAGACGUUUAUUCGCUGGGCUGCUGGGUCCGCGAAAUACCAAAGGCAACCAUCAUACACCGCCACGGGUACGCGACGUGUGGUAGCCAAGACCUUAUAAUAACAGCACAACAGCCCAGUGGCAGCGAAGUCGUAAGAGUUCUUGAACUCAACUCGAGGAUCAGAAGGCAACGAUGCUGAACGAGGUGAUCGAAUCGCACAUAGUCAAAAAUCAAGUACUUUCAAGUGAGCGGCUCUGGUUAGAUUACCACCACCGGACCCCCUCAAAUUAAUUGCUCGGAGUUUGAAAUACAAUGCGUUUUUUCCUACCUUGGUCAGCAAUAGUUAGGAUCUGCGAAGAGAGUAAAGAUAAAAAAGCACGUCGUGACUCCUACAUGACUCAUCAAGAGCAAACCUGCACAAAAUAUAAAAACCUGCACAAAAUAUUUAUUGUUCUCGUCAAUUUUGUGUUCGCAGUAGUUCUUCCCUGUAAGCACAGCAAGAAAAAUUCUCCAAUUUGGCAUCUUUGCAGCACAUUUUUGCCAAUAUUGGCGUAUUGUAUCUGCCGGAAUAAACAUGCGCCCCGCGGCCGACAUCGCGGCUCCGCGCGGACCUCGAGAUACUCUCCUGAGCCAGAUCGGCGAUCGGGAGAUGUCACCCUGACCCCGGAGCCGACCCCGGCUCGAGAGGUCUCACCCUUGGCCCGUGCAUGUGUGGUGACGAGGUGGGCCGUCGCCACCUCCGUGUGGACUAGCGGUCGAGUCGCCGACCGCCAUUCAGCAACGAGGCGUA